UUUUGUUCAGCCAAGUUUAUAUUUACACUUUGGGUUGUCUGACUUGGCUUUGCCGAGCUUCGGUGUCGGCUUAGUUUAUUAUCAACUAUCAAAACGGUUGGUCGUACUGGAGUAAGUGCUUUCACGAGAAGUUUUAAAGUUGGUUGAUUGGUGCAUUAAUUGAACAAAUAUCACUUCCCAUGAUUAUAUCAUAUUUCCUUUUAAUAUGCAUCCAUGUUUCAUUGGCCGCUACAAAACGGCCUCACAUCAUUUUCAUUCUAGCUGAUGAUUUGGGUUUCAACGAUUUAGGAUUUCAUGGUUCCGCGCAGAUUCCAACCCCCAAUAUUGAUGCAUUAGCCUACUCCGGAAUCAUUUUGAAUCGUUACUAUGUCAACCCAAUUUGUACACCAUCAAGAUCGGCCUUAAUGACUGGGAAGUAUCCAAUCCAUACAGGAAUGCAGCAUACCGUGCUAUAUGGCGCUGAACCUCGUGGCUUACCUUUAACGGAAAAAAUUCUGCCUGAAUACUUGAACGAACUUGGAUACUCAUCACAUAUUGCCGGAAAAUGGCACUUGGGUCACUACAAAUUGAUAUAUACCCCGCUUUAUCGAGGGUUCAAGUCACACGUCGGCUUUUGGACUGGACAUCAUGAUUACUUUGACCACACCGCAGCGGAGUUUGGAACUUGGGGGUUUGAUAUUCGCAGCGGCGUUGACGUCCCGCUGAACCUUCAUGGGGUCUACACUACCGACCUUGUUACGACGGAAUCCUUGAGAGUCAUCAAUGACCACAAUACAACUGACCCGCUUUUUCUGUACGUCGCACACGCUGCAGUGCAUUCCGGCAAUCCUUAUAAUCCUCUGCCAGCCCCUGAUUCCACAGUUGCCAGCAUGUUCCACAUAAAUGAUUAUAGUCGACGAAAAUAUGCUGCGAUGCUCUCAAAAAUGGACGAUUCAGUGGGUGCCAUUGUCCAUGCUCUGGAAAAGAGGAAUAUGCUUAAAGAUUCCAUAAUUAUAUUCAGUACAGAUAAUGGUGGUCCUGCGGCUGGAUUUAAUUUGAAUCAUGCAUCAAAUUGGCCAUUGAGAGGUGUGAAAAACACCCUCUGGGAGGGAGGCGUACGUGGAGCAGGUCUAAUUUGGAGCCCACUUUUAAACGAAUCUAAGCGAGUUUCGGAUCAAAUGAUUCAAAUUGCGGAUUGGUUACCAACACUAUAUGAAGCCGCCGGGGGUGAUUUAGGAAACUUGAACAAAUCAUUAGACGGUAUCAGUGCUUGGAAGCAACUCUCUUCAAACAACCAGUCGAGGAGGGAAGAAAUUCUUCACAACAUUGACGAUAUUUAUGGUAGCGCAUCGUUGACAGUAGGCGACUGGAAACUCAUGAAAGGCACAAAUUACAACGGUGAAUGGGACGGCUGGUAUGGUCCUUCAGGACUACGGAAUGCUUCCGACUAUGAUAUCGAUUCCAUCAAAAAGAGUGCUGCAGGAAAGGCACUUGCAAAACUAGGAUUAAUGCCAUCUAAUGAAAAGAUAGAGUCUUUGCGUACGAAAGCCACAGUAGAAUGCACUCUAUCUGAAAGUUUAAUAGAAGGAAUACCAUGCAAGCCCUUGGAACAACCUUGUUUAUUCAAUGUAAAGGAAGAUCCUUGUGAACAAGUGAAUUUGGCUAAAACGUACCCACAAAUUCUUGAGAAACUUUUAGAAAAAUUAGCUAGAUAUAAUGAAUCUGUAGUUCCACCCUCUAAUAAACCGCAAGAUCCAUCGGGUGAUCCAAAAUAUUGGGAUAAUAUCUGGUCAAAUUUCGGAGACUAUAUAUAUGAUGAUAAAGAAAGUUGAAUACUU